UUGCCACAGUGUAAAUACCUCAGAGAACAUGAAUCUCAUUUCUGAGAAAACGAAAACCCAGGGUGCCGUUCAGUGUACAGACGUUCUCUGUCUCUCUAUCUCUCUCACUCUCUGUCUCUCUUUUUCUCUCUGUGACUGUAGAAAAAUGGCAGGGGCCAGUACUUUACUAUCUCAUGAUCUGUAUAACUGUCCACUGUGUCAGAAACUCCUGAAGGAUCCAGUGACUAUUCCCUGUGGACGCAGUUUCUGUAUGGAGUGUAUUGUUCGUUUCUGGAAUGAUGACGAUCAGAGGUGUGUUUACAUCUGUCCCCAGUGUGAAGAGCCUUUCACUCCAAAGCCUUCUUUAAACAGGAACAACAACCUGAAUAAAAAGGUGGAGGAACUGAAGAAGUCUAAACAUCCAGCUGCUUCUUCUGCUCACUGUUAUGCUGGACCUGGAGAUGUGGAGUGUGAUUCCUGCACCGGGAGAAAAUGCAAAGCUGUCAUCUCCUGUCUGGAUUGUCAGGCCUCCUAUUGUAAAUAUCAUCUUAACCCACACUUUCAGUCUCCUGACUAUAAGAAGCACAAGAUAGUUGAGGCCUGUGCAAAGCUCCAAGAGAAGAUCGACUCUGAACAUGGUAAAGUGAUGGAGAUCUACUGUCGUACUGACCAGAGUAUGAUGGAUAAACACAAAGGUCAUAAUACCGUUGCAACUAAAGCAGAGAGAACUGAAAAACAGAAUGAGCUAAAGGAGGAGCAGAUGAAAUCCCAGCAGAGGAUCCAGGAGAAGCAGAAGGCAGCGCAGGAUCUGAAAAAGACUGUGGACAAAGUCAGGAGGAAACACACACACACACCCCUCCUAAAAGCUCAUUACAGCAAGAAGAAAUGUUCCUGUCUGAGAUCACAAAGUUUCCCGUCUCUCUGUGUCUCUCCUGGAUGUGAAGACUCACCCAGCUUCACUGUCAAUCAACAUGUCUCAUUUGAUGGAGUGAGGAAAUCUCUCUCAGAUCUGAAAGAACGAGUCUGUGAGAAGGAAUUCAACAAAAUCCAGCCAGAUGUAUUAGAUCAGCAUCACAGUAAAGAGAAACAUACCAUUCAUAGAACAGAAAUGAAAACUGCAGCAGAUCAGAUGAUUUCAUCUUCAGAAGCAGAGAACAGGAGAGAAUUUUUUUUGCAGUGUUUCUGUUAUCUGACUCUGGAUCCAAACACAGUACAUCGUCGACUCAUUCUGUCUGAGAAGAACAGAGUGGUGACACGGAGUAAGACAGAGCAGCCAUACUCUUAUCAUCUAGAGAGAUUUGACUCUCACACCCAGGUGUUGUGUAAGGAGAGUGUGUGUGGAAGCUGUUACUGGGAGGUGGAAUGGAGCGGCAGUGUGUCCAUAUCAGUCUCAUAUAAAGGGAUCAUCAGAAAAGGAAACGCUAAUGAGUGUUUGUUUGGAUACAAUAGUCAGUCCUGGAAUCUGGGGUGUUCUACUUCCUCUCUCUCUUUCUGGCACAACAACAUUGAGACUAAGCUCCGAGGUCCAGCAUCCUCCAGAAUAGGAGUGUAUGUGGAUCACAGUGCAGGAACUCUGUCCUUCUACAGCGUCUCUGACACGAUGAGACUCCUCCACAGAGUCCACACCACAUUCACUCGGCCUCUAUAUGCCGGAUUCCGGUUAUGGUAUAACUCAACUGUUAGGUUAUGUGAUUCAACAUGAAAUGUUAGUAAAAGUGUUUAUUAAAAUUAUAACUGAG